UUUAUAUCAUGUAUGCGCUGUCAACGAAACACAUAUUUGGCGGAAAUCAAUCGAUUUUAAUUUCAUCUAAAAUGCGAUGUAAAAAGAAUCGCUUGUGGUCAUAAUGGUAUUGUCUCAUAAGCCGCUUAAUUGGAAAGUAAAGUAAGGCAGGAUAUUUGGUUAGGUUUUCUUUAACUGUUCUUCUUAAGGAUGUAUGUUGGAAAUCAUGCACGCCAUUGAUUAGCGUGAUACAAUUUUGCUAAAAUGAUUUGAUUAAAUUGGAUACUCGUGUUGGAAAAUUAUCUGUUGAUUGUAGUAGAAAAUGGGAAAUUGCAACUGCAGGAAGAAACAAAUUAUUGAUGAAAAAGAAGAUACAGGUAAUGCAUUACAGGAAGAAACAAAUAGUGACGAUAAUUUAAAGGAUGACGCAUAUGGGAAACUUGUAACAUGGAUUAUAGAUAUGGCGGAUACGGAUUGCACUGGAAAAGAGCUUAUGCAAGAUAUGCUAGAUGGAGAAACGGUUUUACAUAAUACUGGUACUGACUCGGACACAUCAAGAUCUCUUAACUUGUCAAGCCAGCAGGCUUCCAUUGAUUCUGUAGGCAGUGGUUCUGAAAAUAUGUCCUGGAAGUCGUCUAUCAGUCCCGAUUCAAGGUCAAUAUGCACAAUACCGGAAACUCGUUACCUGGGUCGUGCACAGUCAGAGGACAUUGAAUCAGUUAGACCAAAACAACGAGGUGUUUUUCUGAAGCAAAUUUCGGUAGCUUGUGAUUCAAGAACAGCCCCAAAAGCCUUAAACAGGGACAAAUCGCUUGAAUUUAGUAAACCAAAGGAAUUAAAUAAAUCUCUUGAUAUACAUAAAUCUUCAGAAAUGAGCAAAUCAAUGAAAUCUCUAAAAUCUGCUAGGGAUCGCAAGGAUAUAGAACCUAACUUAAAAAUGAAAGAAACCGAGUUAUUGAAGGCACGAUAUCAAAAUAUUAUGUCGAAAAAAGAACAAAAUACGCUUAUUAAACAAAGCUCUGAACCAGAAUCCUUCAGAAACAAAUUGCAGCCAAGACAAAAGCUAGGACUAGGGACUAAAUCAUUUGAUAAUUUUUUGGAUGUCCCCAAGCCAUUUUCACCGGCAUACAUAAGACAGUCAAGCGACGAAAGCUCUUCUAGCAAGAAAGACUAUUUAUCAACAUCUUCUAAAUCAUUUGACAGCGAUUCUGCACGAUGCAUAUCAACUAGUCCUCGAGCAAAAGGUAAAAGAACAAUUAGUGAGGAAGGAUUCCGAAAGAAAGAGAAAUAUCGAAUGAGUAUUCGGAACAAGCCUGUCAAAUCUUUCGACAUUUUCCUCGACGACAGUGUCAAAUCGUCAAAGAAUUCAAUGAGCCGACAAACCACCAUUAGCAUCGAAGAUGAAGAUGGAGUCAUAAUUGAAAAUAUUCACCAGGAUAGUGAAGAGGAAAUGAUUCCUUUAAGACCAUUGUCGGUUGAAAACGAUAACGCCGGAAAAUUUGAUGUCAGUUUUGAAUCAUCAAAAAACCAACAAAACAAGCGUACUCCUUUAGGAAUUUUGAGUCGAAGUGUUGGGAAUAUAAGGGAGAAGACUUCAAAAUUGAAGUCACUUGUACGAAGAAAGAGUAGCAGUCUGAUGACAAUAAAGUCUUCAGAGAACGAGGACAAUAGGACGGAAGCAAUGAAAGCAGUCUCAAAUGAAGAGGUCAUUUUAAACGACACACUACUUGAUGGCAAUAUUAACGAUAUUCUCUUUGCAAUUGAUACAUUAUGGCCAACACAAUGAUUAUAUCAAGCCGUUAUAGAUUGUGUUACAAUAUGAUUUUUAUUUUUAUAUGACUUUGACUUCAUAACAUUGUUGUAUAUUUCAUGAUCGUCCUUCAUUUUUAAGAAAUUUCGAAUUUAUAUUUCAGUAUAUUGUCUUUUAUUUGAAGCUUUCGCAUUGAUUUAAUAUGUAUUUACAUAAUUGGGACAAAUGAGUAAAGUAAAGAACGAACAUUGACAUUGAUUUUAUAAUCGUAUAUCAGUAAUUGAUGUGAAGGUAAUAUCUAUAGUACGACAUAAAUGUACCAUGGAUUUAGUGUAUGAUCAGGAAUUAAGUUAGAAUCUUGGCGAAGGUGCGCAGGCUAAUGAAAGGGAAACUUUUGCGCUGUUAAUAUUUUAACAACAGAAUUUUUUAUGUUGACAAAUAUAAGAACCGCUCUCCUUCCUUGAUAUGUUUUUACACAAACUAAACUACCUUCUAAAAGAUAUGUACACCUAGAAUCAACUAACCUAAAAUAUCGUUUCUCAUCUCAUCCACAUUUAUAUUUAUAUAUGAUCGUUCUGAUCAUGCUUGUGAUAUUUGCCACUGUUCGUUAAGCAGCAAUCAAUCAAUGUUAAUAUAAUUUGGGAAUCAUUUACUUUUACUUUUCAUUGACAAUGUAUCAAUAAACGUAAACAAUUUAUAACUUGUUAAAUUGCUUGCUUCUAUCAUGAUGAAAUUAGCAUAAAAUAAAACAACCCCAACUGUUAAAUAUUCAAAACAUUCAUUUAAAAUGGCAUAUUCAUCAGUCUAGAAAUGGUCUAGGAACUGUGAAGAAUUACCUGUCUCUUUAAUCUUUUGUAUUGGUAAGAGUUGGCUGCUCUACGAAUCCAAAUUGAACAAUAUUAAAAUCAAUUCUGGAAAAUAAAAUCGAGUUUCCUCACCUCGAACCAGUGAAUUUUAAUUUCUUAGUACCAUUCUACACCCAAGAAAACAUCGUUACAUUGCCUCCCGUUGUCCUUACUAUCUAGUCGACACAUUAUUCUACCAAUAUAGCAUUAUUUUUUAAACAAAAAGCGCAAUUACUAGCAUGGGUAAAACUACGAAAAGGUGUAUAAUAGGUAUGCUCAUUUGAAGUUAUAUUAAUAUAAAGACAAGAAGAUGUGGUAUAAUUGUCAUAGACAACUAUCCAUGAUUUAAACAGGACAAACAUAUAAACAACUAUAUAGUAGUUCUUAAACAUGCUUUAUAAGCCUUUUUCAAUGAGACACAUUGGGUUGCAAUAGGUCACUAAACACAUCUAUCUAGCCCAGUUGACGAAUUUAAACAAUUCUUUGUAACAAUCAUUCACAAUAUCGAGACCAAAGUCUACUAUGUGCUCACAAAUUGUCCCAGAUGUUUCAACCAAGAAUAUUUUGUUAUUAUACUAUUGCUAGAGUAAACAGUACCAUUUUGUACAAUUAAAACAACCUUUAUACAUUGUAGGUGCACAUCGUUGAAAUCAAUGUGUCAUACGAGCUGAAUUAUUUUCUGUAUAACAUCUGUACCCAUAUCAAUGCUUUCAAAAGUUGUUUCUGUAGCAAAAAAAAAAAAAAAAAUAAACCCAUUCACCGAAAUUCUUUAUUAAUGUGUUACACAGAUUUCUCAGUGGUAAUCCUCUAAAACAAACAUUUAUAAACAUGCAAUCACGGCUACUCAUAGUAUUUACUCAUUUAGGGUUUCGUGAAUUAAAAUGAUUCAUCAACAUUUAAUAUAUGCUUUCAUUAUCUAUUUUCUAAUCAAAACAUAGUUGCCAUAACAUAAAAUAUGCGCCUCGUUUUUUUUUUUUAUACAUAAUUUAUUGACAGGAAAAAAGAGAAACAGUUUUUAUUUUCGCACAAAUAUCAGAGAACAGAUGUUUUCUCCGGGUGAAAAAGAAAUUUUUCAGAGAAAGACAUCUCUAUAAAACUGAUGGUACCUGUUUAAUCGUCGAUUUGGACUAAUGCUUAAUUGGUCUGUCUUUGGUGUUUUAACAGUUUAUCCGUUUGUUGGUUGUCCUUGUUCAUAUAUCAAUUGUAUAUUUUGCACAAGCUUUGAAAAAUGUUAAACACGUAAAAUCGAUUGUAUGAAAACUGAAAUGUAUUACACACAUGUCGUUGUUCUAAUUUCUAUCAAGUUAAUUAUUUUUUGUCUAUUACAUGAAACCAAUCAAAUGUAUAGAAUGAAAGUAAAAAUUAAACAACAAUAAACUUAUUUUCA